UGCUUAUUUCGGGCUCGUGACGUGAUUGUUUACUACAAUGGCAACGCCUCUCGGAUUCCCACAGUUUCUCGCGUAUUGUCUCGGUAUUCUCACGUGCUCCUCCACUUUUACCGACCUGGUUGUGUGGUGAACGCUUGUUGAUCGUCGCCGCGGUGGUGUUCUGUAGAACAGUUAGGUCGAUCAGUCAGCGGCACCGGGCGACGCGUGUGGUCGCUCCCGAGUCACUCUCUGACUCACGGACGCGUCUCCGUGCGUUUCCAUGACAAUAGCACCCGUUACGCGGCACCCCACAUAGUGCAGCUGGAGUCCCAUCAGUGACUAGUGAAGUGCUGCAGUAGCCACAGAAGGUUUCUCUUGUUAAGUCAGUGUCAGUGUAGUAUGGGCACAUCGCGGCUCUCAGCUCUCUCCCGCGAGGAGGCAGCGCCGAGGGCCCAGUGAUGUUCUCUGCCCUCGCUUACCAGCUCUCUACUACGUUUCUGGAAGAACAAAAGAAGUGCCCGUCCCUGCUCGGCCGACGGCGCAAGAUGGCGCCCCGCGCGACGGCCGCGCCCACGCUGCACAAGGUCAUCAUGGUGGGCUCCGGCGGCGUCGGCAAGUCCGCGCUCACGUUGCAGUUCAUGUACGACGAGUUCGUCGAGGACUACGAGCCGACCAAGGCGGAUAGCUAUAGGAAAAAGGUGGUGCUAGACGGCGAGGAGGUGCAGAUCGACAUCCUGGACACGGCGGGGCAGGAGGACUAUGCCGCCAUCCGCGACAACUACUUCCGCUCCGGCGAGGGCUUCCUGUGCGUCUUCAGCAUCACCGAGCCGGAGAGCUUUGACGCCACGCAGGAGUUCAGGGAGCAGAUCUUGCGCGUGAAGAACGACGAGAACAUUCCGUUCCUGCUGGUGGGCAACAAGUCGGACCUGCAGGAGAAGCGCCGCGUGCCGCUGGACGCCUGCACCGAGCGCGCCGCCGCCUGGCGCGUGCCCUACGUGGAGACCAGCGCCAAGACACGCGACAACGUCGACAAGGUGUUCUUCGACCUGAUGCGCGAGAUCCGGUCGCGCAAGUCGGACGACAGCCGCGCCUCCAACGGGCAGGUCAAGAAGGGCAAGAGCAAGCGCUUCAAGUGCCAGAUCCUCUAGGCGCGCCGGCCGUAGUGUGAAGUGGGCUUUACUGCCGUGGCUGUAAACCUGGCUUCGGAAUGGCUGUUCUGUGCUUUGUAUUAUGGAAUGGAUAUUGAGAAUGCCAGGUUUAUUAGUAUAAGGGAUAGCGGCGGAAAUUAAUAACUGAUAUCAUGCAAGCCAAUAAAUAUUUUUUGUCAGUUUGGAUUUCACCGAGAGUUAGCUGGUUAACUAUGUUAGAUGAUUCAAAAUGUUUGUAUCAUAUUUACUAUGAUAUAUCAGACUUUAAACACGGAUUGCUACAUUACAGAUUGAUAUAAGCUAUUAAUUUCUCGCUCCCAAUUGUGUCGCACCAACGAUUGAGGCACUGAACUAGAUGUAAGAUGUGGCUAUUAUGUAAUCGUUUCGUUAAAUGAAAGGUUUUCGCCAUCGCCCGGUGCUGGCCUCCCCGCGGUUCCAUUUUCAUCUGUGUUUCUCGAAUUCGGUAGAUUUUAUUAAAAAGUAUUUACCAUCUCCACUAUUUAGAUGUCUGGUGUAGUGCAAGUGAAGGGAGUGAAGUGAACUUGUGGUUGUUGCGAAUGGAACCGCGCGGAUCGCGUCUUAUUUAUGUUAAUUCUUAAUUUAAUUAUAUUUUACGUCUAAUUUCACAAACGGUACUGACAUUCGCCAUUCAAUCCAUAGACAAUAAAUAAGAACAUUGCUAAGAAAUUAAAUUUAUAUAACCUAUUCCAUUUCAUAAUUCAUUCCAUGAAGUAAAAUUAAUGCAGACUUUGAUAUUAUCAACAACGCCCCCCUCCCGUGUCCGAUGUUGAUAUUAACCCAUAAAUUAAUUAAAAUGGGGGGCCAAUUACACUCAUAUAGCUAUAAAAUAGGAUGGUUUUGUAAUUACACAAGGAUGGUGUAUAUUUAUUGUUAAAAUAAGUGCUAAUUGUACAUAAAUACAAUAAGUUUGAAAUUAUGCUACAUGCAGUCCUUAUAAACGCUUCUCGAUAUUAUCUACCAAAUCCAAGUUUGUCUCCUUUACUUGAUAAAAGAGACAGCACAUUUGCUGACCUAUAAGAUUUAAAUAUAAAGUGUUUAGAGUGAAGACUGACCAGAAAUCAUCACGGGAAUGCAGUCAAUCGAUAUAGAUAUACGAACUAUUGUGUAGAAUACCUAUUUAGGUAGCCUUUAAUAAAUAUUUGUGAGAGAAAUAUGUAAGGUGUAUACUCUACUUAUAAAAUAUUUAAGUAUAGCAGUGUCAUGUGAGGGCUUGUGUUGUGUAUUAUGUAUGUCACUUAUGACACUGAUGCCGAGGAAGUUAGUUUUAUUAUUGGAGCGUUUACACGGGCGGCUAAAGCCACCCAUGUAAACCCACCAUAAGGUUUUAAUACUGAGUACUUUAUCGCAUUAUGCACUAUUGCAAGAGCUCUUUUGGAUUGGCAAAUUUACUUCUAAAUUACGCAAAUGUGUUUAAUAAAUAUCAUAAAUUGAAAAUAAUUACAUAUUAUUGCAUCGCAUAAUGAAGUCCUGUGUGUUAUGUUGCUAUUAGUUUUUAACUGAACUCAACUGCCAACAUAAAUAAAAUAUAGUGUACUAUAAAAUAUGUAUAUCUCUAGUUUAGUAAGUAAGAAUGCUAGAAUUUAGAUAUAUUUGCACUCCGCAUCAAUGCAAGUUGUACUCACAACGUUUCCGUUCGUAAUUUGUAUGAAUUCAAUAGUUUUGUUAUUCUAUUCUUAUUCCUGUGUCUCAUUGUUUAGCAGAAAGCACUAUCGAUCGGAACAAAUAUUUAUACUUGAAGGAAAUAAAUACUUGCAAGAAAUAUACAAGUUUGCAGAA